AAUUGGAGUCAAUCUUAACAGCUACAGAAGCGUGACGCAUCACGUCAAGCAUGACGAUGGAAAACGAUGACAAAAAGGCAGACGAAAUAGAAACGUUGCGAGAAAUCCAAUUUGUCACCGGAAGCAGAUACGAAGGAACGUGGAAUGCGAUUGACAAGACAGGCAUCGGCAGAUACAUCACGCCUUACAAAGUCGUGUUAGAGGGAGAAUUCCGAGACGGUAUGCUUCACGGUCAUGGAAGUAUGUAUUGGCCACGUGGACAAAGAAUGGACGGUAUUUGGAAUCGCGGAAAAAUGGUGCAAAGACGCUAUACGUUUGCAGACGGUUUAUCGUAUCGAGAAAACGAUUGGGAUUAUUGCGUAUAUCCCGAUAGGCGAUUUUAUAACUGCAUGGUGAACGGACUGAGACCAGCCGGAGAGGUACUGAAAACCAACGACCAACCUACUAAGAUUAUUCCUCCAUACUGCUACGACACCGGUGCUGGAAUGUUCGAUCCAGAUAAUAAUUGCAUAACAUCGUAUCGCAAUUGUAAAAAAAUAGUCAAGAUUCCAACGGCGACAGAAAGUGUAUGGAUAAAAGAAAACUGCCGGAAAGGCUGGUCAGAGCCGAUUGGCUAUCAGGAAUGGUUACACGAAUAUUGGCAAUCGGGAGCGGCGGAUUUUUCAAGACAUGUCUCGCCAAAUGAUGAAGCGGGAAUUUGGUGGCAAAGACUGACAGAAUUUGCCAGACACUCACCCGCUGACAUGAUGAAUAAAAGUCGACUCGAUUAUAUUUAAUACAACCAUCAAAAAGUUAUAGAAAAAAUAUAGAAUUAAAGAU